AUGGAUUCAGGACUCGGUCUCGUUAAAUUCCUGUUCCCUCAGAUCCCGAGUCUCGCAAACGCUGCCGUGUGGCAUACAUUAGGUCUAACUGAGACAUCGUCCAAAUGGGACCUUCGGACAACCAUCACUAUUCAUGUCCUUCGGAAUAUGAUGAAGGGUGGUGGGAGCAAACCGUCACCCGUUGGCAAAGUGCAGGCGCAGACUUUGAAGGAUCCGGGUGUCAAAGGGAAGAUAUGGGUCGCGCGGGCAACAAUCAAGGCCCCAAAGUCCGAGGAUGAGUCGCUACGGGACGCAGUAUUCAAGGCGAUCGACGACAUGAAGGAGAGUGAGGUGCAGUAUACGAAGCCAGAGCUUGUGGAUACAGAGGUUGAGUGGACAGGCUUCAGAGAAAACGCUGGAAAAGACGAACCGUUACCACAGAUUAGCGAGGAAGAGAAGUACAAGCGCAUGAUGGCUGAACCGACAAGAAAAAGUGAUACGACGCUGCUUUACUUCCACGGAGGCGCCUACUAUCUUUGCGACCCAGCAACCCACAGGAUGCUCUGUAGUCGACUAGCGAAGGAAACCAACGGUCGAGUCUGCAGCGUACGGUACCGACUAGCACCUCAAGCUGCUUUCCCGGCACAGCUUCUCGACGCCUUCAUGAUGUACCUGUCCCUACUUUACCCGCCUCCGGAAUCACUACACGAACCUGUACCGGCCAAGCACAUUGUCCUUUCCGGAGAUAGCGCCGGUGGCAAUCUCAGUUUCGCCCUCUUACAACUUCUACUUCAGCUUCACCGAACAAGUGACAACCCUACCGUACGCUUCCAUGGCAAAGAUGUCAAAGUACCGCUACCGGCCGGUGUAUGUGCAAACUCCGGAUGGUUCGAUAUAUGCCGAGCACAGCCGUCACUGAUCGAGAACGCCAAAUAUGACUACUUACCUGUACCGGACCACGACGAUUCGGUCUCCCGUUUCCCGUCUGACAACGUUUGGCCCACCGAUCCACCUCGAGGCGACAUCUUCUGUGAUCUCAGCUUGCUCGAUCAUCCACUCACAUCUGUCGUAGGCGCAGACAGCUGGAAAGGAGCCCCGCCGCUUUGGUUGUGUACGGGCCAGGAGUGCCUGACAGACGAAGACUGCAUCGUCGCGUCACGAGCCGCUUCCCAAGGGGUGACCGUGCAAUUCGAGCAAUACGAGGCGAUGCCGCAUUGUUUCGCCAUGCUCUUCCCUUUCGUGCCAACUGCGGACAGAUGCCUGCGGAGUUGGGGUGACUUCUGCCGACGAUGUGUGGAAGAGCCGCAAAGCGUCAAGACUAAUGGCACGUUCAUACACGCCAAGACCGGCAAGGAAGAUGUUAUCGAUGUAUUGAAGCUUCAGUGUCCUACCUUUGUGCAGGCAAAGGAAUACAUGCGGGAUGCGAAAGUACGAAGGUUGAAGGGGUAU